AAUCAAAGGGAGUUUACUCUGCUGAUGGCGCGAUCCCCUUUUUUCGGCUUCGUCAUCGUCCUUCAACUGAGUCUCCUCCGGUAAAUUGGCUCUGCCAGCUGUCUUUUGAUCUCGAUUGGUUCGGGCCUUGUGUUGUGGGCUGGCCCAGAUCCAUGCCCUCACCGCAUGCUUGACCCAGCGUCUACUGGAUAAUUAGUUUGGGCCGCCCGCUGGAUAUCGGCCCAUCACGGGCCACGUUGAGGGAUGGGGAGUUUACGAGGUCCACGUGGGCGCUCCAACACGGAUUCGGGCCGCUCCUUGGGUUUCGCGUGACGUUUGGCACGAUCUCCACUAAAAGUAAUCAUGGCCUGCUGUUUCGCCUUCCCACUUUCUGAUAAAACCGCCGCUGGACGCCAUUCUUCCCUACCUGCUACACUUGCCUCUUCACUUGUCCUUCCGCCGUUACCCGACCCGUUUUCCUUCUACUUCAGGUCAGUUCCUUCUUUCACCCUCAUGAUUAUCUCUGAUUCCGACUCGGCUUCCCCGUCGUCUAAUUCUCGCCAAGCCGAUCAAUCGGCCACUGGCCAUGACCAAGCACGGGAGGGCCCGAGGGUUAGGCUGGAUGAGAACAUCAUGGCGUUGUGCCAUUGUCAAAUCAUUGACCGUGGGUUCACCGAUGCCACCGACAUGGUCGGGCCCUCUAUUGAAGUCCUGCGGCCCACUAGCACCCAAACCGCCCUGGACGCUCCUUCAGGGUUCUUUACUGUUCAUCUGGCCUCUCUGAAGAAGGGGUUGCGGUUCCCUCUCCACUCGCUGUUGAUUGAGUUCCUCAACGAGGUGGACCUCCUUCCUUGCCAACUGGUCCCCAAUUCUCACCGAUACAUCGCCGGUUACCUGAUCAGAUGCAAGAAAGUAGGGGUGAAACCUACCCUUGACCACUUCCUGUUUACCUUCAAACUGACCAAAGUUGAGCCACAGGGAUUAGAAGAAGAGAUGGACGGUGAUCUUUUGAUCGGCCACUUCAUCGCGGGGAGGAAGAGGAAGAGGGAUGCAACUCGGCAGAGCAAAAGCAGGCGUUCUUCCUCGCGCGGCGAAGAUAGCCCCCUGCGGGAGCAGGUUGUGAUCGAGGUGGAAGAUCAGGAUGACGCGGCUCUAGAAACGGGGACGAUGGCGAUCAGCUCCCCACCGCGCUCCCUGAUGCUUGGUGGCGACCUGGAUCGAGCUCGCAUCUCGGCCGGUUCUGAGGAUGACCUCAACAACAUGGUUCUUCUGAAGCUUAGCCAGGCCACGCUGGGGAUGAUCGAGCUCGUCGGCCAGAGGCAAGAUCGCCAAGCGGCUAUGGAUGAAGCAAAGAAGGCUGCAGAAGAUAAGCAGAAGGAGCUGCAGGAUGAGGUCGCUCGCCUUGCGAGGGAGUUAGAGGAAGAGAAGGGUCGCUCUGCCAACCUUGAGACAAAGAACGCCUCUCUGUCUUCUGAAGCCCAUCGCCUGGAGGAGGCGAUCGAGUCCUUUAAAUCUUCCCCUGAGUUCACUGCGGUCGCUAUGGAACGAAUGGGCAAGCUGGUGGUCGAGUGGCUCAACACCAGGCCCGGAGCUCAAUGGAUGGUCAAGGAAUCAGAGAAGACCUUUAGCUGCGGACUCUUCCGAGCCCAGCUAGUCUUCCGCGACAAGCUAGCUCGUCUUCCCAAAGGAAUCUCCCUCCCCGAUCUUGGUCUUCCCCCUCCCUGCCGUGCCUUCGCCGAGUUCGAUCCCAGUCCUUACUUGGACGAGGAGAGUUCGAGCGCCUUUGACGAGGAAGAGGAAACAGCUGCGCAGGGCAACCAAGAUGGGCAAGGCGACCAGGGGCCUGGGACCAAUCUAGCGGCGUCCAAGGCGGGCGGAGGCACCAGCUUGGGCAUAUAACUUACCCCGUUCUCCCCUUGUACUUUUUUGCCUUGAGAUUUGUAAAACAUAUGAUUUUUUCUCUUUGAAUGCCUUGGUGUCUUGGUACAAUACUCUCCUGUUUGCUAGUUUAUUUUACUCGCCGCAUGCCUUCACUUUCCUUGUGCUUUGUUGUUGUACUCUUUUCUUUAAAUUGAUUCACCUUGUUGAUGUGGGUGGGCCUUCAGCCCGGGCCCAACUUCUAUCUCUGGCCCAACCGCAAGACUAGGCCCAGCCUCGGGACCAGUUGACGUGCCGCCCAACUGUCCCACUGCAUUCCUUUCGGCCCUUGAUUGGACCAUUG